GGGUGGUUUUGCGAUUACAUAACUUUUAUAUAUCGUCAGAGGACUUUGACUCUUGCGCCUGUCUCUGUAUGCCUCGGAGCGCUGGUUGCGACUACAGCAAACUGUCAAUGAAUUUUUCCCCCAAGCAUUGUGCAUAAGCAAGGCUAUUUAUUACUUCAUAGCAAUGUUUCAUGACACAGGCUAAUGCGUGCUUUAAUAAGCUUCUUGUCGCUCGGCAGACGUUGCUGUGGCGGUGCCAGCGCCUACGACCAAACUUCUAAUGGCGCAGAAUGUAUUGGGUCACAAAAUAAGGAACCGCCUAAGCCAGCGGAGUGUGCUGCAGGCCGCUCGGAAGAGGACGGCAGUCAAAGCCUAUCCUCAAUACCAUCGGAGUCGUCAGCCCUAAAGGACCUUCAGUUGAAAUUGAAGGUGCCCUUUUCAGAGCUAACCUUCAACGCCCUCAUCGGGAAGGGUAGCUUCAAGCAGGUCUACCGAGGCAAAUGGAACAACACAAACGUCGCCGUCGUGGCCAUGCGGCGGGGAGGUCUGGUAACGGAAGCCAGGCUCAUGCAGCAGCUGGGAGCCCACCCAAACCUGGUCCAGUUCUACCGCUGGUCCUCCGACCACCGUGGCAACGAGUACAUGGUGGUGGAGCUGGUGCCCUUCGGCGGGCUGGACCGCGUGCUGGCGCAGUUCGGCCCCUCGCUCCGAAACCGCGCCAAGCUGGCCAUGUGCGAGCAGGUGGCGCAUGCGCUGUGCGAGCUGGCGGGCGAGGGGGUGCUGCACCGUGACCUGGCGGCACGUAACAUCCUGGUGCAGUCGCUGCAGCCGGUGCAUGUCAAGGUAUCCGACUUCGGGUUGGCUCGUGUGGCGCCCACCCUGAGCUGGGAUCACCCGGAGCAGCCUGGCAGCGGCGCUGCUGCUGCUGCUGCAGCUGCUGUUGUUGUCGCUGCUGCGGCGGCUAUAAGUACUAGCGACUGUGGCGGUCUAGGUGGUGUUGCGGAUGGCUGCGGAGGAGGAGGAGGCGCACGGUGUGGCAACGGGGUUACUUCUGCUGCUGCUGCUGCUGCUUCUGGAGGCGGCAGUCAUGGUGCAGGCGAGGGUGGGGCUGCGGGGGCGCUGCGGGACAGCAGCAGCAGCGGUAUGCUGCUGUCGCCGCCGUCGCAUGCUGACAAGACGGCGCUGGUGCCGGUGCGGUGGAGCGCCCCGGAGGUGCUGCGGACCGGGGGAGGCUGGUCGGAGAAGUCCGACGUGUACUCUUAUGGCGUGACCAUGUGGGAGAUCUUCAGCAACGGUGCGGAGCCCUACGCCAACCGCUCUAAUGCCGAGGCCGCUGAUGCGAUCAUCGGCGGGCAGCUGCUGCCGCGUCCCAAGAACUGCCCGCAGCAGGUCUACUCCCUCAUGCUGGACUGCUGGCACCCGGACCCCUCCCAGCGCCCCACCUUCCGCCAGAUCGCCGAGGUCUACCGCCGCUGGCGCGAGGUGGCGCUGGCCGCCAAGGCAGCGGGCAGCCUGGGCCCCAGCAGCGCGGAAGACAGGAACACCAGCAGCUGCAUGGGGGGUAGCAGCGGACCCAGCGGCCGUGACAGCAGCAGCGUUGUGGGUGCUGCUGCUGCUGCUGGGGCGCGUGACGGCGGCGGUGCUGCGGAGCGUGGAGGAGGAGGAGGAGGAGCGGUGGUGGUGGUCGGUGCGGGCCCUGCUGCGGCUGCCUGCGAGCAGCUGCUGCUUCGUAAGGAACCGGCGUGCGGUGUCGACUUGCACACCGGCUCCCUUGCGCCGCGCUUGCCCAUGCCGGCUGCACAUGCACCUGCUGCUGCUGCUGUGGUGGUGGUCCCGGCUGUUGCCCUGUUGCCGACGGGCAACGGCUGCGUUUCGAGCCGUCCUGCCAUACGUGUUGGUGGUGGUGGUGGUGGUGGUGGUGGCGGUGGUGGUGGUGGUGGCUACGUGCCCGUAGCAGCGUUGUUCGCUCCUCAUCUCCCAACCAGGACCCCCCAAGCCUAUGGAGGCGGCAGUGGCGGUGGUGCGGGUAGCGCUGAGGGCGGUACUUCACAGCAGCUUGAGGCCAUUCACUCGGGCAAGGUGCUGCAGCUGCCCGCGCAUCGAACGCCUCCGCAGCAACUCUGUGAGCAGCCGCAGGAGCAGGAACAGAAUCAGCAGCAGCAGCAGCGGCGGGCGUGUGGGGGCGCAGCAGCAGCAGCACGGCCGGGUGGUCCGUCGUGUGGGCAAGUCCCUGAUUGUUCGGGUAGCAGCAGCAGCAGCAGUGGCGGCGGCGGCGAACGCGGAAGCAUGGAGGGGCCGCUAGGCAGCAGCUGGCUCGCCUGCAUGGCGGAGUGCGGCGCCGACACCGCGUCCGGCACACCCGUGGUGCAGCCGCCGCCGCCGCCGCCCCUGCAGCAGCAGCAGCAGCAGCGCCCUCUUCGAGCGCCGACACAGCCGGCCACCGCAGCAGCAGCAGCAGUACCAGUACCAGCGGUGCCCGCGAGCUGUGCACUGCCGUUGAGCGCCUGUUGGGCCGCACCCGACGAAGGCAACAGGGGUAACAAGGCCGCCGCCGCCGCCGUCUGCGGCGGCGGCAGCAGCCUUAGCGGAGGCACUGCUAGCGGAGUCAACGGAAGCGGUCGAGGUGGGGGUGGUAGUAUCGGAGGCGGUUGUGCGGACGGCAGCGGAGCCAUGACCGGCGGCGGUAGCGCUCGAUUUGGGCCAGGAUUGGGGGAUGCCUUUGGAGGCCGCUGCCUGCGGCCGGUGAUGCGUUGGGGCGAUGGCGGGAUGAACGUCGGCGGCGGUGCUGGUUGCAUGGUGAGCGGGACGUCCAGCGCCCCCGGCGGCGGCGGCGGCGGCGCAGGGUCCCUGGCUCGCAUCGGCACCGGCACCUGCGACACUUGCAUGUUGAGCAUGGAGGUCGAGACGGUGAUUGACCCCAUGAUCUCCGCCUCAACCCCCAUCUCAACCGCUGUGAGCUGUCUGUCGCCUCAUCGCGAGGGGACCAGCGGUCUGCCGGCGACUAUGGCGGUGGCGGCGGCAGCGGCGGCGGCACUGGCGGCUGGGGAUGGAUCCUGGGCGGCGGCGGGCUGGUCUGGGCCUGGGCGGCAGACCUCACCUUGUACAUCUGCCGUGGGGGCGGGGGGAGCCUCCAGACGGCUGCAUCAGCAGGUGUUUGGGCGGCUGGACUCCAAGCAGUCGCACCUGAGUUUGCAAGACAGUGGGGAGAGGGCGCUGGCGUCGUUGGGAGACAUGUUCCUGCGGCGUUCCGCGUCUCCCCUGCCGCCGAAGCAAAAGUCGGAUCCGGAGACGUUGGAGCUGGCGUUUCCGAGCAGCGGUGGCGGAGGUCCAGGUACUGGCGGCGUUGCGACGCAGCCGCAAGCGCAGCUUUCCCAAGCAGCAGCGUUGCUGCCCUCCGCGUCCUUUCCCCCGCAUCGCACCAAGGAAGGAGGAGGAGCUGAAGACCUACCGGUAAGCGCCGCCGCCGUCACGGCUGUUGCAAGGGUCGAGGGCGGCUGCGGGGGCGGCAGCGGCUGCUGGGUCCGCAGCGCAGGCGGAAACAGAGACCCCCUUUGGGACGCGGCACGCUGCGGCGCAAGCGUUAGCAGCCGCAACAGCAGCUGGCAUGUCUGGUUUCUCAGCGGCUUGCGAAAGUCCGUACCUUUCCAUUCGGAUGUUAUGAGUGAGGAGGGUGCCGUGGGCUUUCAAGGCGGUGCAUGGGGGCAACAAACAGACGAGUUAGGGAACGCAUUGUCGCUUCAAGAGACCCGAGGGGUUACGGCUGGGGUUACCCAUUACUACAGCUUCUUGUCUCAUGGACGCUCUGAGAUUUGGAAGUUCGGGAUUUAGUGUACCGGUGGGAUUAGUGCUGUUCAGGGGGUGCUUAACGACUGACGUUUUUAGUAAUGGGACAUUAACGUUUUCACACGAAAGUGGGACUCUGAACGAGAUUUGCAUAGCUGCUAUCGGCACGUACAUGAUGUGGCAAUGUGGCAUGUUUGUUGCUUUGCUCGGUGAUGUGUUUCUCGACGUUUGCUCGAUGCAUGGAUAGCCGCGGCCCGCUGUUUCGUCUUUAGGUGCGUCAGUUGGGCGUUCAAGAGAGUUCCCAGUUCCCAGCAGUCCUGUCAGCGUCUCCCUCCUGCUGCGUGACUCGCGCCGGGCCCCUGGCGAAGGCUGGAGGCGGCCCAGUGUAUGGUGGCAUGCUCAAUCUAGAUGUUGUGAAGGAGCGGUGUCGUGUCAUCGUGGAGCAGCAGGGAACGACGGAGUUCUCUGAAUCUUAAGGCGCUGUUUCCUGGCCUUUGGGAGGUGGAGUUGAAAGGGCUAUGUGGCUUAUUGGAUGAUGAUAAGUUACAGCGCUGGGCCGGGUCAUGCGGUGGGUUUGUUGGGGGGUUGCAUGUUGGUGGGCUGGCCGUGUGUUGCCCCAUGCUGCAUGCGAGCAUGCGGGGGGGAGGGUGUUGUCACCAGCGGAAGACAAUGCCCCGCGUGUUCCGUUCAUCAUUGACGUGUGUCACACGUACGUAUGAUCCGAUCAAAACCUACUCAACUUCAGUACCACUAUAGGCAUGCAAUACAGGUGUGCUGGAUUACUACUGGGGUGUUGGUUGCGUGACGGGUGUGUUAAAAUAACUGGCCGCGAGGCGUGUGUGUGUGUGUGUGUGUGUUGAGCCAGUUCGUCGGCUUGGCUUACGGCGCGGCUGUGACGUCGAUGAUGAUGAUGAUGAUAAUGAUGGUGGUGGUGAUGGUGGUGAUACCAAACACGUUAUGGGUUCCCACGCGUGGCGAGCGCCACGCGGCCUUUAGACAUAAAACAUUGACAUGAUAACAUGGACGGUGUUGGUUCGUUCAUGGUGUAGAUUGAAGGGUUACGUGCGUCAAUCUAUCAAGUACAGCUGCUUCUUGAAGAGACCAGACAGCAAACCGUUACGUGUCUGUAUUGUUCCUUCCCUACUUUGUACCGGUACGCUGGGUAUGCCGAUCAUGCUACUAAUUGGAUGGCGCUUAAUAGCUUAGUGUGCGGGCUUUUGAAUAUGUUCUAUUUGAUUGAGGCUAUUGGUUAUGCUGCUGUUUUGAGAAUAAACCUGACACUGCUUAUCACGUCGCUGUGAGUCCUUUCAUAAUAAAUGGGGGUUACGUUUUUCUUAAACUUAACCUUGCUGUGCUGUCCCCUAGAAGUACCGUAUCACCUCCCACCUGCUUGCGGCGCUUGCGUGUGCCCUUGUGAUACAAACCCUGCAGGGCUUGGGUUUAUCACGGGGUGUACUCGGCAGGCGUCCUUGCUUGCGAGCAUUACGUAUUACAUGCCGCGUACGGUUUAGCGUGGCUUUCAAUGUGCUGCGCCCGUCACCAAACGUACUUCACAUGUGGGUUUGUGUCGUUGCUUGGCUUAAAUGUCUAAAUGAAUAAAAAUGAUUCCUGGACGUGUUUCCUUGUUGUUGUUGCUUUACCAAUGUCUUUACCAAUGUGAGGCGUGUAGGGCCGGCUGGGCUUUGCUCGUGCUCGUAUCGUGUAUGGAGUUAGUUUGCAUACAUGAACGGGUUAACUUAAGCUAGGAAGGUGGGUGAGCUUACACGGCGCGUUUAUGCCACACGGCAAAGCCAUUUGCGACAAACUCUGCUUAGUUGUAAAGCGACGAGUGCUGGUUAGGAAGGUGGUAUGGUGAUAUUAAGGGAGCGGGCCGCUGCAUGGAACCGUGCCGCGCACCCAAGCGUGUGUAUUGUUGAUGCCGGUUGAUGUAUGGUGGGAUUCGUGCCCCAAAGAGGGGCUGCUGAGUGCUGGGCGUCCUUGCGAACAGUAGGUUGUUCUUGCAAAUGGGAGCUCGGAGGAUAAUAUUUUUUGCAUUUUACGGUAGAAUUUAAAUUGUACGUUUUAGGC